CUUGAACCGCCACAUCGCGAAACGGCUGCAGUGGCCAGAGGGCGGAGAACGCAGGGCUUCGGCAACCGAUCCGGAUCGCACUCAGCAAUCGGAUGCAUGGGAAUUCACGGCUCGCAUAACCCCCGACAAUGGCUACGGCAACGGUAACGACGGCGACGACGACCCGCAAGAAGGACGCCAGCCUCCCGCCCGAGAACGAGCGCUUCCUGCGAUGCUGCGCGGACAUCGCCAGCGCUCUGAUCGAGGACCAUGAGGCGUCCAAGGACCCCAGCCGUCCGCGAAAGGACAUCAAUCUCAACACGCUGCGCUCCAAGUUCGCCAAGAAGCACAAGAUCAACAAUGUGCCACCUUUGACCGCUAUCAUUGCCGCGGUGCCAGAACACUACAAGAAGUACAUUCUGCCGAGGCUAAUAGCCAAGCCAAUUCGUACUUCGUCUGGCAUCGCUGUGGUGGCGGUGAUGUGCAAGCCGCACCGAUGUCCUCACAUCGCUUACACCGGCAACAUUUGCGUCUACUGCCCCGGCGGCCCGGACAGCGACUUCGAGUACAGCACGCAAUCCUACACAGGCUACGAACCAACAUCCAUGCGAGCCAUCCGGGCGCGCUAUGACCCCUUCGAACAGGCCCGCGGGCGGGUCGACCAGCUCAAGGCCCUGGGCCACUCGGUGGACAAGGUCGAGUACAUCAUCAUGGGCGGCACCUUCAUGUCGCUGCCGGAAUCCUACCGGGACGAGUUCAUCGCGCAGCUGCACAACGCGCUGAGCGGGUACGGGACGCUGAAUGUGGACGAGGCCGUCCGGGCCGGCGAGCAGAGCAGCAUCAAGUGCGUGGGCAUCACGAUCGAGACGCGGCCCGACUACUGCCUCCAGCCGCACCUCUCGAGCAUGCUGCGGUACGGGUGCACGCGCCUCGAGAUCGGCGUCCAAUCGCUGUAUGAGGACGUGGCGCGCGACACCAACCGCGGGCACACCGUCGCGGCCGUGGCCGAGACCUUCUGCCUCGCCAAGGACGCCGGCUUCAAGGUGGUCAGCCACAUGAUGCCGGACCUGCCCAACGUCGGCAUGGAGCGCGACCUGGACCAGUUCCGCGAGUACUUCGAGAACCCGGCCUUCCGGACCGACGGGCUCAAGAUCUACCCGACGCUCGUGAUCCGCGGGACGGGCCUGUACGAGCUCUGGCGCACGGGCCGCUACCAGAACUACACGCCCAACGGGCUGAUCGACCUGGUCGCGCGCAUCCUGGCGCUCGUGCCGCCGUGGACGCGCAUCUACCGCGUGCAGCGCGACAUCCCGAUGCCGCUGGUGACGUCGGGCGUCGAGAACGGCAACCUGCGGGAGCUGGCGCUGGCGCGCAUGAAGGACUUCGGCACGACCUGCCGCGACGUGCGCACGCGCGAGGUCGGCGUCAACGAGGUCAAGCACCGCAUCCGCCCGUCCCAGAUCGAGCUCGUCCGCCGCGACUACGCGGCCAACGGCGGCUGGGAGACCUUCCUGGCCUACGAGGACCCCAAGCAGGAUAUCCUGGUCGCCCUGCUGCGCCUGCGCAAGUGCACGCAGAAGUACACCUUCCGCGAGGAGCUCGUCGGCCAGCCCACCAGCCUCGUGCGCGAGCUGCACGUCUACGGCAUGGCCGUGCCCGUGCACGCGCGCGACCCGCGCAAGUUCCAGCACCAGGGGUUCGGCACCCUGCUGAUGGAGGAGGCCGAGCGCAUCGCCCGCGAGGAGCACGGCAGCGACAAGAUCAGCGUCAUCUCGGGCGUCGGCGUGCGCAGCUACUACGCCAAGCUGGGCUACUGGCUCGACGGGCCGUACAUGAGCAAGUGGCUGGACGGGCGGCCGGGGCCGGAAGAGUAAACGGGGAGCGGCAAAGGGUUUGGGAGAUUGCGGGGGUUGUGGUUGAUUGGUGAGGGGCUCAAAUGCGAUUCUCUGGUGGGCAUAUAUAGGUAUUCUUGGCGCUGGCUGGAUGGUCUAGGGUGACACGACAUGCAUAGCUCCGGAGGCGUUAGCGGUGACGGUGACACAGGUGCAAUCUACGAUUACUGGUUAGGGAGCUAGAUAAAAACAUCUUGGGUUGCUGUUGCAGAUAUAGACAACAAUCUGGCUCGACGCCUGUCAUUCCGAGUCUUG